UCCCAUAAAGGCUGCCCGGACGCGGGGGAGCGGCUCACAGUCCGCCAGUCCCGCGACAGAUCGCAGAGAUGGGGUGGCUUAGCUUGCCGACCUGGCUGCGCUGCAGCAAGAAGGAGGAAUUCACGUUGUCCACUGAGAAAAUUGCUGACAAAGAUGACGAGAAUACCGAGCGUGGCAACUGGUCAAGCAAAACAGACUACCUGCUUUCUAUGGUUGGCUACGCCGUUGGUCUGGGCAAUGUAUGGCGGUUUCCUUACCUGACCUAUCAGAAUGGAGGAGGGGCCUUCUUGAUACCCUACACCAUCAUGUUGGCUCUGGCUGGGCUGCCUUUGUUCUUCAUGGAAUGCUCCCUUGGGCAAUUUGCCAGCCUAGGACCCAUUUCCAUCUGGAGGAUUCUACCCAUUUUACAAGGAGUGGGGUUCACAAUGGUGCUGAUAUCGACAUUCGUGACCAUUUACUACAAUGUCAUCAUCGGCUACAGCCUCUACUAUUUAUUUGCCUCCUUCCAAAGUGUGCUUCCUUGGUCAGACUGCGAUCCGAAAUGGGCUGAUGAAUUUUGCAGCAAGAUUCCAAUUGUGCUGUCAUGCAAUACCACAAUUGAAGAUGGCACCAUUAUCCAUGCCAACUACUCUUGGAUCAAAAGUCAGAACCUCACCUGCAUCAACCGAACCUCAGUGUUCGCAAACACCCAAGUUCCCAGUGAACAAUUCUGGAACAAAGAGGCCCUGCAGCGUUCAUCUGGCUUAGAUGAAACGGGGAAGAUAGUGUGGUACUUGGCCCUCUGCCUUCUCCUUUCAUGGCUUAUUGUGGGAGCGGCUUUGUUCAAAGGCAUAAAGUCUUCAGGAAAGGUUGUCUACUUCACAGCAAUCUUCCCCUAUGUCAUCCUCAUUGUGCUUUUGGUACGAGGUGCUACGCUGGAAGGUGCCCAAGAGGGCAUUGAGUAUUAUAUUGGAAGGCAGUCAAAUUUCACCAAGCUUAUGGAGGCAGAGGUCUGGAAAGAUGCUGCUACCCAGAUCUUCUUUUCUCUGUCUGUCGCUUGGGGAGGUUUGGUUGCCCUCUCGUCAUACAACAAGUUCCACAACAACUGCUACUCCGAUGCUAUUUUUGUCUGCAUCACCAAUUGCCUCACAAGCGUCUUUGCUGGGUUUGCCAUUUUCUCCAUCUUGGGGCACAUGGCGUUCAUGGCAGACAAGAAAGUCUCGGAAGUUGUAGACUCAGGGUUCGAUUUGGCAUUUGUGGCCUAUCCGGAGGCUCUCUCCAAAUUGCCAGUCGCUCCUCUCUGGUCAUUUUUAUUUUUCUUCAUGCUUCUGCUCUUGGGCCUCGACUCUCAGUUUGCUACAGUAGAAACCAUCACAACAACCAUUCACGACCUGUACCCUCAGGUGAUGAACAAGAUGAGGAUCCCAGUGACCAUGGGCUUAUGCCUGCUGCUCUUUCUGCUUGGGCUUGUGUGCGUCACACAGGCAGGAAUCUACUGGGUCAAUUUAGUGGACCAUUUCUGUGCCGGUUGGGGAAUCCUUUUUGCAGCUGUCCUCGAACUAGUGGGAAUCUGCUGGAUUUACGGAGGAAAUCGAUUUAUCCAAGACGUAGAAAUGAUGAUAGGGAAAAAAAGUUUCUGGUUCUGGCUGUGGUGGAGGUCGUGCUGGUUUUUCAUCACCCCUGUUGUCUUGCUCGCAAUUUUGGUCUGGUCUUUGAUCACAUUUACCCCUCCUAUGUAUGGCUCAGUUAAAUAUCCCAACUGGGGGUCUGCCAUCGGCUGGUGCAUGAUCAUAUUCUGCCUCAUCUGGAUCCCCAUUGUUGCAAUUUACAAGAUAAUAAAAACAAAAGGAACCCUAUGGCAGCGCAUCGUCAUCUGCUGCAAGCCAACAGACACCUGGGGGCCUGCCCUGGCAAGCAAUCGUGGGGAAAGGUACAGCCACAUGGUCGAUCCGGUCAAGGAGAAAGACAUCGAGAUCCCAACCGUAGAUGCCUACAUACACAAGAUGGAAUAAAGAGAUGUCGGGGUACAAGUGCUGCCAUUCGAGAAAACCCCACACAAAGAGUUUCAAAUAAUGGGAUGGAAAUGGAAAGCAUACUAUUUAUUCAGAGAACUUGGACAUUCUAUUACAGAGCAACGGAUAAGGCAGUGGAGCUUGGAGACUGGUUCUUCAGCCUAGCUUGCGCCAGUCUGCACAACUGCAGGAUGUGUUGAGGUUGCAAGCAAAAACCCCAUCCUCUCCAAUGGUGCUUAAACUAGCUCCAUGCUGUGCAUGGAGAAGGAGUGGGGUGGGUAUCUAGAGCUUAUGAUUCAAGCACAGUUCUAGAUUCCAGAUUUGUUCAAGCUCAAUCGGUAUUAGGGGUCUGCCUAGUGCCCUGCCACACCAAAGGCCUUGCAAGGCAUAAGUUUGCAGGUGUCCUGUUGAACUCUCAUCCUCUGCCUGACACGGAAGGACCACAUUCCUCUAAUACCUCUCAGGGGACAUUGUGUUGGUAAAUGCACUUCUGUAAUACUGUGAGAUGAUUAGCAGUCAUGUAAGUGCCUAUGGCUGCAAUCCUGGGCACUCUGACCUUGAAGUAAGCACCGCUGAACCUAGUGGGAGUUACUUCUGAAUAAAUCUGUUCUUGGAGCUGGGUGUACAGACACUCCAUUCACAGUUCUGCCUGCGAGCAGUUCAACUUUGUGUAUCAAAGAAAGAUGAUCGUGUGCAUCGUUUCAUUUGAUUUCACAUAAUUUAUUCUUUAAUUUGUAAGAUUCUGCCUAGUUCAUUUUUAUUUUGCUGUCCUGGAAGUAGCUGCUCUUGAAACUCCACCUCCAGCUGCUGAGAACCUUAUGCAGCUGUUUCUGCAGCUUCUGAGCGUUCAGCAAUAACUUCUCACCCUCAGGGACAAACUUUUCCAAAAAAUGAAAAUGCAGGUUCUCUGCCACAUCCUGCAGCCAGUUCCACAUUCUGUGUUUUUUUCUGUGGUCUUGCAGAAUUGCUGCAUAUAUGCAACUGUGGAUAUACCCAGAGGACUAAGAGUGGCUGGCUGGCCAGCCAGGCUGAGGUAAUAUCCACUGUGUUUUGGUCUUGUAGUCUACUGGAGGUACAUCUCAGCAUGACAUGGUGAUGACAUUGAUGUUGUUGUAAUGCAGAGCUUCUUUCCACAGUUGCAUCAUUGUUCCUUUGUGUGUGUGUGUGUGUGUGUGUGUGUGUGUGUGUGUGUGUGUGUGAGUGAGUGAGUGAGUGAGUGUGUGUGUGUGUGUGUGAGAGAGAGAGAGAGAGAGAGAGAGAGAUUUUUCAAGAUGUCACAUGUGCUGCCUGGUUUCUUCUUAAUCUAUCAUUCUUUAAAACUCUCCUGCCAAUCUCUUUCCACCUCUAAGUACUAUUUCAUGGGCUUGCAGUUCUCUUUUUUGUCUCCUGCAGAGGCAGAAAAGAAAUUGUGUCAGAAAAGGCCUCAGCAACAGCUAGGGUACAGUCAGUAAGCUGAAGCCUCAAAUUUGAACUAGGUGGUCUGAUGGAAUACAGUCUUGGGCCUUACAGGGGAACUAAGGUGGGAUAAUUUCUUCUGCCCAGUGGAGCUCCAACAAGAUCCUAAAGGACUUUUACAAAUGCUCUGUAUUUCUAAUUGCGGAAGGAUAUGUGGUAAAAUACUCCUCACAACUGGACAGAAUAUGACAGAACAACUGUCCUGCCAAAAUCACAUGUGGCAUUAUUGUCAAUCACUGCUCAAUGUGUAUCCCCCCCCCCCUUCAUUUUGCAGUUUCCUGCCUUGAAGACUGGGGGUCCGAGAGAUCCAGUUUUCUUGCAUUAGCACUUUGGCUGUUUGUUAUAUGCAAAGGAAGACUCAUGAACUGCAUUCCAUGUUUGAGAAAAUUAUUUUCUGCCUCUUCCUCAAUUUAUUUUAAUUUGUGUUUUCUUGCACACAAUAUAGCAAGCAUAGAGACCAGAGAGACUGGACAGCCCUUCAAAAUCUCAACACUGGAGUCUCUGUCUCGGGUGGGUGGCCUGUGACAAUGAGGCAGGAUGGUGCUGGUUUUCCUGCAUACCUUUUUAUACUGGGAAAUCUAUUUUGUUUGUUUGUUAAUUUAACGUGUUGCUGUCCUAAAUCAAUAAAAUAUAGAAUUUUUAA